GUGUGCGAUUGAAUUGGUUUUUCGACGUCGGCUGAUCAGCUGUGCGGUUUAAGUUGGACUUUCCCCUUGUGGUGUGGUGUCGUGCACAUUCAGACUUGCGUUCGAUUGGCAUAGAUACGUCGGAUCCGUGUAUCGAGGAUAGAAUCAGAACGGUGUCAUAAAUACAGGGACGAAGUACGCGCUGGCGGCGAUAAAUCGGUAGUAUUUUCUGGUGAAGGGGGGCAAGUGAGGCAUGACGGGAACAGGUGACAAUAGAGCUUCGCCAUGUUAGAUUUGACGAGAUCACGAAACGUGCGCCGCUGCUGCUGCUGCUGCUGCUGCUGGUGUUAGUGGAGAGAGAGAGAAUUUAUUUUGUUUUCUCGACUCUCGUGCUACUUUCCUCAGCGGUGAUCCAACUGAAAAUCAUCCAAGCUGGAUAGGUUACCCGAGUAUCUCCGCGAUACCGUGGACUGGUUUAUGGGAUGGAUCUGCCAGCGAGACGACGACUCUACAACGUGUGUAUUACCUCGUGUUCAUCGAACAGUCCUAAAAAAAUGCAUUAAGACGAAUCGUUUGCUCGAACAGAAACUGUGAGACAAUUUCGAUUGAAAAAGACUUUGAAUAUUUUCGGAAACAAAAAAAGAAAAAAAAAAGAAAAAAGAAAAGAAAGGAAAGAUAGAGAAAAGAAAAGAGUAGAAUUAACAGAGACAGAGUAGUUGUUAUCGGUGGAGGGGUGAAGUUUGAGGAUAGUUGUUGGGAUUGACCAAGGACGAGAACACCAGGCGAUAAUUGGUGUCGCAGCCGGUGUUCGAUGAGAACCGAACAAGAUUUGGUGCAUACCCAGCGUACGUGAAAAGAUCCUCGGGCACGAGGACGGGGCGCCGAAGAGAUCGUCUUCAACCACGACGAUCACGACGACAGCGAUGCUGCGCUCGCCGGCGCGCGUCGUUCUCCAGGAUUCUUCCGCCUCGACGUCCUCGACCCUGUCGGCGCCACCGACGCCGGUCCACCACGGCGCUGCUACCAGCUCGACCGUCUCCUCGCGUCUUUCCCUCCUCGACACCUGCCACAGGAAGAUCAGGUUCUUCGGCGAGCUUGUCGCAAAAGCCCGACGAAAGGAGAAGGAUGCGGGAACUACAGAGGAUCCGAAAUUGUACCUCGAGGAGGCGGCCCUUGAAAGGCAGCUGCCAGAGCUGGACCUGAGGAUGCUGGUCGAUUUACCACCCGGUUUGGACUACAACGAAUGGUUGGCCUCUCACACUCUCGCACUAUUCGAUCACAUCAAUCUCGUUUACGGAACGAUAUCCGAGUUCUGCACGAUGACGGGCUGUCCCGAUAUGACCGGUCCUGGCUUAAGAACUUAUCUGUGGUUUGAUGAAAAAGGGAAGAAAACGAGAGUGGCAGCGCCACAAUAUAUAGAUUAUGUUAUGACUUUUACACAACGCACCGUUAGUGACGAAACUAUAUUUCCUACGAAAUAUGCAAAUGAAUUUCCUAGCUCGUUCGAAUCGAUAGUGCGUAAGAUCCUGCGGCUACUGUACCAUGUGGUGGCACACAUUUACCACUGCCACUUCAGAGAGGUAGCACUCUUGGGGUUGCACGCUCACCUCAAUUGUGUAUUUGCCCACCUCACGCUCCUUAAUCAACGCUUCAACCUUAUCGAUCCCAAGGAAACGGAGAUCUUAGGAGACUUAGAAGCUGCCCUCUUGGGUGACUCGACAUCAUCAUCAGCGCCUUCAUCACAGACCUUAGCCAUCCAGGAGACUCCGACCACAACCACCUAGAUCGCAAUGCACAGAAAGCAAGAGGUUGCAGUUCCUGAGACUAGGUGACGAUAGGCGUUUUGUUUCUUUCCUUAUUCUUUCUCUUCUCUGACUUUCUCUUUUUUCUCUUUCUCUUACUAUUUCUCUCCCCUCCUCUCUCUCUCUCUCUUUCUCUUUUCUAUUUUGUUUUUUUUAAAUAGAAUAUGCGAAUGACAGAGUUUAAGCAUUAACGACUACAUACGCAGGUGGAGCGAAAGCGCAAUUCUGUAAAAACCAAGUAGUACCUGUACAUAGCGAAGUGUGAACAACUACAUGAUGUAAUUAGGUUCCUCCGUUUGUUGUUUGUGAGAUUGUACAUAAUUUAUUAAACAGUAAGAUAUACGAAAGAGACGAAGGAUGAUUAUUAAUUAUUAUUGACAAAGUUAGUUGCUAUAAGAGGAUAAUUUGUUCUGUAAAAACAAAAAAAGACAGAAAAAAAGCAAAAAAUAACAAAAUGAAUGAAACUGAUGAUAAUAUUGUAAAGUUUAAAUAAUACCAAAUAUAUACCUGGUGUUAAGGCA